CAUAAUUUGGAAUUUUCUGUCUUACAACAUGAUGAUUAUUAUCAAGACCUACCUGCAAUCUAUUACUGUGAGGGUUGAGGAAUGGAGAUUAAAGCAAAGAGAUACUGAGGAAUGGAUGAGACAUCGUCAGCUUCCUUGUGAACUGCGGGAAAGGGUGAGACGAUUUAUCCAGUACAAGUGGCUUGCAACAAGAGGAGUGAACGAAGAGUCAAUAUUGCAUGCUCUGCCUGCAGACCUUCGACGUGACAUUAAGCGCCACCUUUGCCUGGGUCUUGUUCGACGGGUUCCUUUUUUCUCCCAGAUGGAUGAUCAGCUUCUUGAUGCCAUCUGUGAGCGUCUUGUAUCAUCACUGUGCACAAAAGGCACAUACAUUGUCCGUGAGGGUGAUCCGGUGACAGAGAUGCUCUUCAUCAUCCGUGGAAAACUGGAAAGCUCCACAACAAAUGGUGGCCGCACUGGCUUCUUCAAUUCAAUCACCCUGAAACCCGGUGAUUUCUGUGGCGAGGAGCUUCUUGGAUGGGCUCUUGUCCCCAGGCCUACUACAAAUUUGCCGUCAUCCACUCGGACAGUGAAGGCACUGAUAGAAGUAGAGGCCUUUGCGCUCCAGGCGGAGGAUCUCAAGUUUGUUGCCAGCCAGUUCAGGCGGCUGCACAGCAAGAAACUGCAGCACACUUUCCGGUACUACUCGCACCACUGGAGGACGUGGGCCUCAUGCUUCAUCCAAGCUGCCUGGAGACGGUACAAGCGAAGGAAGAUGGCAAAGGACCUGAGUAUGAGGGAGUCAUUCAACUCCGUUAGAUUAGACGAAGUGGAUAACGAAGAUGACGAUUCUCCGCCCAAGAAUAGCCUUGCUCUAAAAUUCAUAGCUAGGACUAGAAAAGUGCCUCAGAACAUGAAAGAGUUGCCGAAGAUAACGAAGCCAGACGAGCCAGAUUUCUCAGCUGAACCCGAAGACUAAAGUUGUCUUUGCUUAUGCUAUCAUGUACAGUGGUCAUAGCUGACUAUUGUGAAUUGCUAGUCCUAUUUGGUUCGUGAUGGAGGUUACAAGCCAACUAGGUAUGGUGGGUGAAUUGAACUUGGGUUGACGGUGCCAUCUGUGGAUGUGAGGAAGGUAACUCAGAAUAUCAAUGAAAGCGUAAUGAAGCUUCUGACUGGUAUAUAGACUGAAUGGUUGUAAGUUAACUAGUUGCUACGUUCAUGUUGUAUAUUCAGACAUCUCUGUGCCUAUAGAUUUCUUGAAAAAAAAAGGAAAGAAAAAACAAGAAUACAUCAUUACAU